UCUCUGGUUAGCUGAGAGAUAGACUCAAACAAGCAAACCUACAAUGGAUGAGCUGAAAGAACCUGUAAGCCCCACGGGACAAUACUUGAACAGCUCAGCUCUUUCGCUUUCUCUUCUUUGUUUUCUUGAAUCUGAAAUACCAAUUGAUGAUUCUCAAACUACCUCCUUACUAAAGGAUGUGUUUCUUCCCAUCAACUCACGCUUCUCCUCUAUCAUGGUUGUGGAUGAAAAUGGAGAGAAACAAUGGAAGAGAGUGGAAGUUAGGCUGGAAGAUCAUGUAAACGUGCCCAUUUUUCCGGCUGGACUUUCACCGGAAUCUUAUGACAACUAUCUUGAUGAAUAUAUUUCCAAAAUAGGAAUGGAAGCGUUUGCAAAAUCUCGACCUUUAUGGGAAAUUCAUAUAUUCAAAUACCCUACAACCACUGCAGCUGGUGUUUUAAUAUUCAAACUUCACCAUUCGCUUGGCGAUGGCUUCUCUUUAAUGGGAGCUCUUCUUUCUUGUUUACAAAGGGCUGAUGACCCUUCUCUUCCUUUGACAUUUCCUUCUGUUCGGUUACUUUCCAACAACACCAGCUUAAUGAAGAUUUUGCCUAAAAUUUUCUCUGUGGUAUUUAAUACUGUAUCAGAUUUCUGUUGGAGCGUGAGAAAGAGUACUGUACUUGAAGAUGAUAAAACUCCAAUAAGAUCCGGGGAUGAUGGAGUUGAGUUCCGGCCAAUCAGCAUGGCGACGAUGGGAUUUUCGCUUGAUCACAUCAAGCAAAUUAAGGCCAACCUUGGAGCGACUCUUAAUGAUGUGAUUACCGGAGCAAUCUUCUUGGGGUCUCGGUUGUACAUGCAAGAGAAAAGUAAGGAGUCGAGCAAAGCACAAUCCACAGCACUUGUGUUGCUUAAUACCAGGAUUUUUCGAAGCUACGAAUCAGUAGAAGAUAUGGUUAAACCUAAUGCCAAGACUCGUUGGGGGAACCAUUUUGCCUUCUUGCAUGUAGCCAUGCCUCCUUUAGCCGAAGCUUCAUCUACAAAUCCAUUGGAGUUCGUUUUCAGAGCUCAACAAAUCAUCAAUGUCAAGAAAAACUCUUUAGCCGUUUUCCUCACUGGUCAGCUUCUUAAGAUUCUGAAGAAACUUAGAGGCCCUGAGGCAGUAGCUAAAUAUAUUCACAAUACCUUAAAGAAUUCUAGUAUGGGAAUCACAAACCUUAUCGGGCCAAUAGAAAAAUUGUCUUUGGCUAAUCAUCCAAUUAGAGGAUUGUACUUUACAGUGCUUGGUGCACCUCAGAGUAUUUGCAUAGCUAUAGUAAGUUAUAUGGGAGAGCUCAGAGUUGCUGUGGGAGCAGAAAAAGACUUCAUCGAUGCCAAGAAGUUGAAGUCUUACAUAGAGAAAGCAUUCCAGAUGAUAUUCAAAGCUGCAUGUCAAAAAACUGAUCAACAGCCAAAAGAAUAAGGAAACGACGUGCCUAAAAGUGCUCUUUACUCUUAAGUAAGCAAAUUUCAAACAAAUUAUAUGUGUGGUAAUUCAAUCGUGUAUUGUAUUAUUUAUCGAAUUACGUAUCAUAUCAUAUGAUACGACUUAUAAAUAAUAAAAACUAUAAUUGACACA